AUGUCCUCGCCGAUUGCAGUCGCCCAGGCGAAUAACGUCCUGAACAGUAUGCUAGCGCAGGCAAACAAAGCAGGUGGUGCUCUACAGCCGCCGUCGACACCGCCCACCGCCUCGGCGGUGGCCGCCGCCAAGGCGAGCGGUCGACUGAACAUCAUGCACAGUCGGGCCCGGUCGCUGCCGGUGACGCUGUCCAAAAGUCAGCUGGUGCAGCAGCAGAAGCAGCAGCAGCAGCAGCAGCAGAUGCUUCAGUUCUCGAUGUCCCCGGUGGGAAGUGGUCAUCAGCUGCAGGGGGUGAAUGUUCAGCCAAUGACAUCGGCGACGACGGUGGUGACCAGGCAACCACCACCAACACCAACACCUCCAUCGAACCAUCAGUCACCGCAAGUAAAGGCAGCCGUUCAGCAGCAGCAGCACUACCGCCAGGCGAGCUACGACAUCAACAAGCUGCAGCUGCCCGAGGGCUGGUCGAUGUCCUUCACCGCCACCGGCGAGCGGUACUUCCUCAACCACAAGGACAAGAGCACCACCUGGGAGGACCCGAGGAGGGAGGUGCUGAGGCGGGAGUUGGCGGCAGCGGCGGCGGCAGUGGCUUCCGCUUCCGCAAACGGUGGUGGGAGUAUCCUUCGUCAGCAACAACAGCAACAACAACUUCUUCUGCCCAACUACUCCUCCUCCCAGCCGAACAUUGUCCAGCAGUUUGCACAGCAACAACAACAACAGCAGCAGCUAGGGGCGGCUACUUCCACCUCAGUCUCUCCGCCCAACUCCUCUUCAACUCCUGAAAACCAGAAAACGGCUUUUGAGCUGUCCACCCUUCCGCUGCCUGAGGGCUGGCAGCAGACGACGGUCCCCGGCACCGGUGACACCUACUACGUGAACGUCGCCGAGCAGACCACCAGCUGGUACCACCCGGCCGUGGCCAGGCAGGCCCAGCUGAAGGCGGUGGCGGUGAAGGUGGCCAAUAGCGGCGGCUCGCUGGAGCCGCCCUCCUUUCUGAUGACGCUUCAGCAGAGCCAGCAGAACCAGAAUCAACAGCAGCAGCAGGCCAUUCCCUCUGAGCUGCUCUCUGCCAUGGAGAACAUGACCACCGAGGCGGCGGCGAGCAGUCCAAAUGAUCAGCAGCAGCAGCAGCUUCUUCAGCAGCUUCAGAAUCAGCAGCAGCAGCAACUUCAGCAGCAGAAUCAGCAGAAUCAUCAGCAGCUGUCCAACGUCAACAGCAGUCCUUCCAUUCUGCGCGACCUUCAGCUGGAACGGGAGCGAAUGCGCCAGCGACAGGGCGAAAUUCUGCAGAGUCCGCAGCUGCAACUGAGGAACGCCCAUCAACUUCAGAACAACGGCAACAAUAACAACAACAACAACAGCUUUCUCUCCAGUUCUUCGCCGUCCUCUUCCUCCUCCUCUGCUAACGUCUUCACCAACCCCAACUCUGACCCUUUCCUCUCUUCAGUGGCCAUUGGAAUCAAUGCGAACGCCAAUGCCCUCAACAACUCCAUCUUCUCGGGGGCUUUGGUUGGUGCUGGUGGCGGCGGUGGCCACAAUCGCCAGGCCUCCCUGGACUCUGGUCUGGGUGGAUCGUUGAUGUUGGGAAACACUGUCUCUCAGCACAGCCAUCCUCACAUUCACCACCAGCAACAGCACUCGCUGGGGAACAUCACCACCACCGGAAACAGCAUCAACAGCAGCCUUGGGAGUCAUCCGAACAUCAUCAACAGCUUUGGCAGCGAGCAGAUGUUGCUAGUAAAUGGUGGUGGUCACCAGCAGCAGCAACAGCAGCUUCAAAAUCCAAAUCCAAAUCAGCCUCUCUUUGGAGGCAAUCACCACCAAUCAGUCCUGCAGGCCCCACAGGCGUCAGAUGAGCUGAUGCUGAUGCAGACUAGUACUCAGCCGAUGCAGUCGCAGUCCUUUGGUGCGACGCAAAACAACAACAACACCAGCAAUAACAAUCAGCAGCACAUUGACGACCUCUCCUUCAUCGACUCCAUCGAUCUCAUCUCGCCCUCCCUCGACAUGGACAUCCUCAGCGACAUGGAGGAGCUGCUGAGCACCAACCGCGACAACAUUAUGACCUGGUUGUGA